CGGUGGCGUGGCCCGCGGGGACCGCGAACCCGCCGGGGCGCCUUGCGGGUGGGAUAGGCGUUUAUUUGAAAUUCGAUUUCUGGAACCUGUAGAGUACGCCUCCAUCCCGGUGUCUCCGGAGGGCUGAAGAAGGAUACUGAUGAUGUCAGCUCUGCCAUGUUAUGGGCCUCCUCCUUCCACUGGACGCCUCACCUACCUACAGGACAGCACAGGGAACAUCGACCUUUCCUUGGUCAGGCCAAAGAUGCCUCUCUUUGGGAACACGUUCAGCCCAAAGAAGACUCCGCCUCGGAAGUCUGCCUCUCUGUCCAACCUGCAUAACUUGGAUCGGUCAGCCCGGGAGGUGGAGCUGGGCCUUGACUAUGGAACCCCCACUAUGAACCUGGCUGGACAAAACCUGAAGUUUGAAAAUGGCCAUUGGAUAGCAGAGGCAGGGAUUAGUGGAGGUGUGGACCAGAGGGAGGCUCUGCGCCUCCGGAAGCGGAACCAGCAGUUGGAAGAAGAGAACAGUUUAUUGCAGAUGAAAGUGGACCUCCUGCUUGACAUGUUCUCUGAGACCACUGCCGAAUUCCAAAUAAUGAAGAAGGAAUUGAAUGAACUGAAGAGUGUCAACCGGAGAAGGAAGUGAAGACCUCCAGAAACACUCAUUAGGAGAAUAGGGAGAAAUCUGCUGAUCAGGGAGUCGUUUAUUUUUUUUUUUUUUAGCCAAACUAGUGGAGUAGGUCCUAGGAGAGAGUGCCAUGUAAUGGGGCCAAAGGCACUGGCACUUUUUAUUCGCAAACUUCCCUUCCAGCCGCAAACUUCCCUUCCAUUCCCUUCCAGCCGUUUGGUGCAAGAAAUUGCUCAGGACUUGAAAACAGGUCUGCACUUCCAGAGUGCAGCUGUUGGUGCUUUGCAGGAGGCAAGUGAGGCCUGUCUGGUCUGGCCUUUUUGAAAACACCAACUUGUGUGCUCUGCUCUCCGUGGCAACCAUGUAACAAUUAUGCCAAAAGACAUCCAGCUAGCAUGCCGCAUACUUGCUUAAAAAUCCACUAUGAUGGAAAACAUUUCCUUUAAAAAAAUUCUCUUCCUGUUGUUGGUAGUUCUGAAUGUUUUCUCUUCCCACCCUCUCCCCCUGCACCCCCACUGUGGAGUCAAAAGGUAUCUAAGUAUAGGGAACAGAAAUCAGGUGUUGGCAGUUUUUCCAUUUUCAUUUGUGUAUGAACUUUUAAAAUAUAAGUGUGGGGAUAUAACGCAUUAAUACAAGUCAAAAUGUUCCAGUGAACAAUUUUACAAGUUCAACUUGAUGACAAUAUAAAUAAAUAACCCUGCUACAUUUUUCUGGAUGAUGUCAGCUUUGGAUCUUUAAAAACAAGUAAAUUUCUUAUUGAUGGCAAUUA